AGUUGAAACCCCAAUCACGUUAUCAAGACGGAAGGAAGCUGAAGAUAUUGCAGAGACAUAUCAAUCUUUGAAGGGCUAGGCAGAAAUGCGAUCCCUCAAUAUCCUUCCUUCAUUGCCGUCGCUGCAAAACCUUACCUCGGACCACAUUCACCUCUUCAAACCCGUUAGCCCCUUUAAUUUCCACCCAAGUUCCAAAGCCCUAACCAACGGUUUUUGCUACAGAGUCCAAAGCUGUGGACUCCAUGGCCGGAAGAUUAAUUGCAAUGCUUUUAAGGAUUCCGGCGAAGAAACUAAGGUUGUCUUGGACUCCAGUGGCGGCGAUGAUGGCGGAGGGAGUGGUGGUAACGGCGGUGAUGGUGGUGAGGAUGGAGAGGUGCAGAAAAAAGAUGGGUCUUCGGGACCUUUGCCGGAUUGGUUGAAUUUCACUUCUGAUGAUGCAAAGACCGUCUUUGCGGCACUGGCAAUCUCGCUUGCGUUUCGGUCGUUUGUGGCCGAGCCUAGGUACAUUCCUUCCUUGUCAAUGUAUCCUACGUUUGAUGUUGGAGAUCGAAUUGUUGCAGAGAAGGUUUCAUACUAUUUUAGAAAGCCUUGCACAAAUGACAUAGUAAUAUUUAAAAGCCCACCAAUCCUUCAGGAAGUUGGGUACACCGAUGAUGAUGUCUUUAUAAAACGAGUGGUUGCAAAAGAAGGCGAUAUUGUGGAGGUUCAUAAAGGGCGUCUUAUAGUUAAUGGGGUUGAAAGGAACGAAAAGUUCAUCCUCGAACCACCCUCUUAUGACAUGACGCCUACACGUGUGCCACAGAAUUACGUUUUUGUGAUGGGAGACAACCGUAACAACAGCUAUGAUUCGCAUGUGUGGGGCCCCCUGCCAGCCAAGAACAUCAUAGGCAGAUCAAUUUUUCGGUAUUGGCCACCAAAUAGGAUUGGCGGCACAGUUCCUGAGGUAAGUUGUCCUGUUGAAAGUGACCAGGGGACUAGCCUAGCUUCUCAAUGAAACUUCUUCACCCAUCCCAGCAAUUUAAGGGAUGUUUCUUUGUGAAUUGUAAGAUAAAUUAGCCAAUGUUGAUUCUGUAAAAGGAAUAGGACUUGUACUGGGGCCAAUUUUUUUAUGGCCCUUCUUGGUUCAUGUAAUAUUUUGAUAGACGAAGAUUUUUAGGUACAGGCGUUUUAUACUAGCAAUGAUUGCGCAUUCCUUCUCUUGAAUGAUCAUGUUCAAUACCUGUUGACCCCCAAGAGCAUUUUUCAGCUCUAUCUACAAAGUAAAGCGGAACUCCUGAGUU